CAAGCUGGCUCUAUGUGUGCGUUUUAUUGAUCGAGAAGAACCGUGUCGGCAGAUUGUCGUCAAGGCAUAGCAUCAUUAUACAUAUGUAGCACCCGGCGAGAGGCUUCACUGGCUGCGUGAGCGAAUGGUGAAGAUGGAGAUACUCCCUGUUGUGCUCAUCUUUAUUCUGGGAGCUGAAAAUCUGCGUGAUGUGGAUGCAAGCGUAUCCGUGCAUACACCAAGCCAGCAAAGUUACCUGCCCCUCGCCCCACUAGGUGUCACUGUGUAUAUGCGAACUUCUGUCCGGUUUAACCUCACCGCCGCCAACGAUGCCCAUAUUGGGCUGUACACUCCAGACAAUGGAGCUGUUCCCCAGGACAUGUACGAAAUUGUGAUUGGCGGUUGGGGAAACACCAAGUCUGUCAUUAGGAUACGUCAGCAAGGGUCAAUUAAAGAUUCCAAAAACCACACACCGCUGGAUUCUUCAAGAGCCAAACCCUUCUGGGUCAGCUGGUCAUCAGGGGUCAUUAAAGUCGGAACUGGAACCGAGGUUGGAGUUAGCACUUUCAUGCAGCUCGCAGAUACCACUCAUCACGUGACAUCUAUUGCAGUGACAACAGGUUGGGGCUCCACGGGAGACUGGGUGUUUGAGGAGGAGCAUUUCAGUUCCAGUCUCUUGCCGUCGUCGACCAUUCAGAGGCUGAACACCAUGCUCGAUAGCAGUUAUUUGGAAGAUACAAUAUCAAGUGACUACACAUCACAAACAUCGCCACUGACCGUCAACUCCACGACUGAAAUCCAAUUUCCUUUGCCAUCUGAAGUAUCAUCCUCGCUACUCCAUACAUUGACUUUUGUGGAUACAUACAAGUUUCUCACAGUUACCUCUUUUUCGUCGUCAUUUGGAGUGCCAUCCCUUGUUUCAACUGCGAAUGGAAUUACCUCCCUUAUUUCAUCGCUUGAAGAUAUCUCCCCGACAUCAUCUCUACCCGGAGUAACCUCCCUUGUCUCAACACAUAUGACAUUGAAUGAAACAGCCUCCAUUUUACAAACAACGAUGGGAGUAGCCCUUCCUUCCAUGGACACCACGUCCUCUGGGACACCAUCCAACAGCAGUAACCUCUGUAGAUGCCGAUGUCGAUCUUCAUUGAGUCUUUCAUCCGAGGAAUUCAAAGACGUUGUGAAUGCAAUCGUCAAAGAACUGUCUAUUCCCAAAUACAACUUAUCCUCCUCGUUAAGGAAGAGGAAGACCAUGUCGGAUGGACGACCCUCGUCUGUGGGCAUUGGGUCAGGUGCUAUCUUUCUGGUCAUGAUUCCAGUUGCAAUAGUGGUUUUGUUAGACUUACAUAACUUGUUUAGUUGCUUAAUGACAAAGCGUUAACAUAUUGUUGUAUUAUAUUAUUGCAACAGUUUACUUGGAUGCAAGGCCUUGUCCCAGUGCUCCCUCAAUGAUUUGUCUAUUCUUGGUAUUGCUGACCAUCCUGUGGCUUUCGCACACUCACAUAGAGUGGACUUUAGUUGGUGCGUCUGCGAUUCUUUGUUGGGUUCUGUGCCUCCCCCUGGGACAGGGGCGGUCGGGUAGCCUAGUGGUUAAAGCGUUAGCUCG